AGGGAGGAAAAAGGGGGGAGCUGAGUGUGCCUGCAUGCCCCCUACCCCAGCCCCAGCCCUCCACCCUCCUUUACAGGACUGCCAGCCCGUCUAGAGUUAUUCCAGGAAUGCGUUGAACAUGGCUGCCGCGAUGAAGGCGCAGAAAACGGGACUGCUGGAACUUCGGGUGACCGUGGACCGCUGGAUCCGGGUGCUGGCGACGCUCACCGAGGACACGCUGACGGUGAACCCCGGCGAGGGCGCCGAGGAGCCCGCGAAGCCCAGCCCGGCUCCCGCCGGCGCUCUGAACGGAGACCCCCCGAACCUCAGCGCGUCCCCGGUCCCGGAAACCAUCACCAACGUGAAGCGCACCGUGCGAGUCACCAAGCAAGAUGUUGGCGGACUCGGAAUUAGUAUCAAAGGUGGCAAAGAAAACAAGAUGCCGAUCCUCAUUUCCAAAAUCUUCAAGGGGCUGGCCGCUGACCAGACCGAGGCACUUUAUGUUGGCGAUGCUAUAUUGUCUGUCAACGGUUAUGACUUGAGGGAGGCGACACACGAUGAGGCCGUGCAGGCGCUGAAAAAAACUGGCAAAGAGGUCAUCCUUGAAGUGAAGUACAUCAAGGAAAUGUCUGCCUUCUUUAAAAGCUCCGGGUCCCCCGGAGCGGCCCUCCCGUGGGAUUCCCCCCCAUCCACACCUCAGAGGGGGACCGAGUCCUCUGCUGCCGAGGCGAAGGAGCCUCGCAGCAUCCCUCUGAAAAUGUGCCAGGUGUCACGAAAACAGUGCCCUCCAGACACAGAAAACAGGUAUUUUGAGGUGGUUUCAUCCAACAGAAAGAACUCGGUGUUCCUGCGGGCCAAAGACCCAGCCAUGGCCCAGUCCUGGUACAACGCCAUCCAGGCUGGCGCUGCCCACCUUCUACCCCGAGUCAAGGAGGAGAUGAAAAUCCUGCAGCCUGGCAUGGAGGUCAAACAUCUGGGCUGGAUCACAGAGCAGGUGUCUCACGGUCCAGAAAAACCCGUCCUGGCCGUGUUGACCGACAAGGACCUGCUCCUGUACCCCUCCCUGCCCGAAAGCAAAGACAGCCUCAGCAGCCCCACCAAGAGCCACCCGCUCAUCACCACCAGAUUGGUCCACUCCGGCCCGGGGAAAAGUUCUCCCCUCCUGGACUCUGAGCUGUCGUUUGGCCUGCGUUCAGGCACCAAGCAAGGCGUGGAGACUCACGUCUUCAGGGUGGAUUCCGCCAAGGAGCUGUCCACCUGGACUCAUCUGCUGGUGGAGGGCUGCCACAACGCAGCUGAACUCAUCAAGGAGGUCACCACGGCCUGCAGCUGGAACGGGAAAGAGUGUACCCUGGGAGUGCACAUCGACGAGGGUUUCACACUAUUCACGGAAGAAAUGGGUGUGAGGAAAAGCGUCCUCCUCCAGCAGCCGUUCGAACGGCUCCGGAUGUCCUCGGACGACGGCGUCCGGAUGAUGUUCCUCGACUUCGGAGGCCCCGAGGCUGAGAUUCAACUGGACCUCCACUGUUGUCCUAAAACCAUAGUCUUCAUCAUCCACUCUUUCCUGUCUGCAAAAGUGAAGCGACUUGGCCUCCUGGCAUGAUGAUGACCAACCAUCCCGAAUGUCACAGUAGGAAUAUUGAAUAAAGCAAACAGCCCAGAAGACCUGGAAACUCCCAAUGACGACGCCCAGGAAACCACGCUGACCGGCUGUUUUCAGCCUUCCUCGGCUAGUUAUCACAGAUUUCAGACAGAUUUCAGACACCAGGUAUGAUGGUCGUGAAUUGUGGGAGUUUGAUCGUCUGUAUCUUAACGUCUUCAAGCUUGAAGUCCCAAACAUGUAUUCUUUUCUUUUCUUUUCUUUUCUUUUCUUUUUGGACCCUUUGUGUAGUUUACUUUUAUUCCAUGAGUCCUGACAAGCCUUGUCACAAGGGUCUCUUCCUCUUCCAGUCUCCAUUUGUGUGAAUUCACAAAAAUCCUGACUGAUGUGAACCACUUUGUUUAUCGUUUUAAUUAAAGCAGCUUCUAAUGAGUGACUGGAUCACACACAUACUCACACACACACACACACACACACACACACACACACACACACACACACACACACACACACACACACACACACACACACACACACACACACACACACACUCACACACGUCUCUACAGGAUUAUAGUCUGGCCUAAACAGUUAGACGCUGUUCAUGUAGAACAACUCAGUGUUUUUAUUGUACGAGUAUAAAGUAAAGACAACUUCCAAAUGUGGAAACAGAUUUUAUAGUUUACUGCAGCUGAAGGAAUUUUUAAUUUUCCUUCAUUGUUACCGAUUUAACCACACACACACAAUAAAAACACACAAUAUGUUAACAUUUGUUUUGGAUUAACAGGAAUUCUCAUAAAAAUGCUAACCAAGAUUCACUUCCCUUGAAUUCUAGUGGCUGUGAUGAUUUCAGCUUUUUGUUUGAUUUUUUUUCAGCCCUCGCCGAUAUAAUCCAUUUUCAUGUUCCUGCAGUGGCAGCAACAGGUUGUCACACCAUCAUUUUUUUUUUUUUUUUUAGCGGUUGACAGGCUACAGAAGCUUUUUUUUCCCCUCGGUUCUGUUUUCACAUUAAAUGAAAAGCAACAUUUUUCAGUUGUUACACCUGAAACCGUCAAACUCAUUUUGACUCGUAAAGGGGGAAAUAGCAUGAUUCUUAUGUUCCAAAUCUGCGUCCUGAACCUUUUCUGUGUGUCAUAUAUCGAAGGUAAUGACCAGUAGCUACACCAUGCAGAGGAACUUCCAUGAUGCUUCUUCUCAGGCCGUUCGGUCGGCCUAUCAAAAUCUGUUCCCCUCUUCUUCAUGCCUGCUAUGUGACCAAGCAGCAAGCGGCCACACGCUCAAACCGCUCUGGGUUGUUUCAGCCUUUUCGAUGCUGUAUGGAACGUCUCAAUAUCAGUUGACUCUCUGUGCUUGGAGUGUAUCUGUAGGAGCAAAGGGACACCGGACGCUGAAUACUGAGGCGGUAACCCUCCGUUAACCUUUGCUAAAGGGUUAUUGAUCUAGUUUUCGGCCAUAAGCUGAAUCAGUCUAGCUGCUACGUAGACAUACUGAGACGACGUUGUGCUUGGUAAGACUUAAAGACACUGAUAGGUGUUGAUAUGUCAGUUCAUUUUACCAUAGUUUUCAGAAUUAUGUACAUUGUUGUAGCCGAUGCGCUGCUCUUUAACGUCUUCUGACUUAUGGCAGAAGCAAAUGUUUGUUUUCAACGUUUUGUGUGAUUGCCUCUCACAGCCACAAUAAUUCUGCUGCUCAGCAAACGUUGCAUUUGUGUUGCUUUAAUUAAGCCUUCUUAACUGUACAAAGUGUGUGCACAAAAAAAAAGGACCCGAGACUGUUUUUUUACGCAAUUUGUUCAACAGUUCAAAAAUAUAUUAGUUCAAAGAUGAUGUUUACAUCAUGAAAUGUUUGAUCACAUAUUUCUUUAUUGUUUGUAUUGAUGAAACAUUUAAAAUUUGGGGCCUUUUUUUCUCUCUCUCCAACACUAAACAGACUUGUAUUAAUAUAUAUUUCAAAACUAAAAAAAAAGAAGUUUGCUUCCAACAAUAAAAUGUAUUGUAUAUUCUUAUUUAAACAAAGGUGUGCCUUGCAGGGUUGUUUGUAUAUAAACAUGUAAUAAACUUUGUUAACUUUUA